GUCGCUCUGGUGCCUGCGCCUGGGCAGCUCGAAAGGAAGCUUACCGUGUGCACCUACAACGGCAACACGUGGAACACGGCCUCCAGUGUCCACGAGUGGAUGAGGAAGAAGGGGAUGGCACCGCACGCGAUGUUCGUCCAGGAGACGCGUUUCACAUUUAACACGGCGGUGGAGCAGGCCCAUGGUUGGGCCAGCCGAGGAGGCCACCAACUCGCGGCCUCAAGGGUCCUGAGGACUGGAGAUGCCGCCACGGCGGUCUCGCCGGGAGUGGCCAUAGUCUCCUCGUCGCUGCUGGGCACCGCGAGAUACCUUCUGCCCUGGGAUGGGGCCCCACAUCGGUUCAUCGCUCGUCGAGUCUCCGUGGGCGAGGGCACCAUGAUUGCCAUGAUCUCGGUGUACCUCGAGGACUCGAUCGGGCUCCAGGGGCCCAGCAGGCAACUGCUGGAAGACAUCUACGCGUGGUGCGCUCACCUGGACGAGCCUUUCAUCAUAGGUGGCGACAGGAACAUUGAGGCCAGCGAGCUGGCCACCUCAGGCUGGCCUGAGCUCAUGGGAGGAGCUGUCCUGGCUCCUGGGUCGGCCACAUGCAACGACAAUGAGUACGAUGGUUUCGUCAUCUCGCGCGCGCUAGAGGACCUGGUGGACUCCAUCACGUGCCACGCGGACACCCCCAACGGCCCGCACCAGGUAGUGUCGCUCGUGUUGCGUGGCUGCUGGAAGCGGCCCAUGAUCCAGACGCAGCGCGCGCCGAAGGGUUUUGGGCUGGAGUUCGAGGCAGAUGGGGAGGCCAGGACCACGCGCGACCAGCUAGUGGCCACCCUCCCCUGGCCACCGCCUGGCUCAGGCCUUGAGGGAGUAGUCAAGGGCUGGUUUGAUCAGGCUGGGGAGGCACUGCAGGCUUUGCAUGGAGUGCCCAGCAGUGAUGCUCGGUACUACAAGGGCAGGUCCAAGGGCCUCAGGACGGUCACAAUUCCUCUGGAGGCCAAGGUCCAGGAGAACCGCUUUGAUCGAGCAUCGGAGGUCACCUACCUCUGGCUGUCGCUGCGCCACCUGUCCAAGAGAAGGUGGGACUUGGGACCCAUCGGGCCCAACGCCCUGCCCAACUGCUACAGGGCCAGGCGAGCGCAGCAGCUUUUCGAGUCAGCCAGCCGCUUGAAGGUCAAGUUCCAGGAGCAGUCCAUCACGAUGUCCGAUGGCACGGUGUUCUUGAGUUUCUGGGACGAGAUCGGCCUCCAGACUGAGUUGGGCUACACAUUCUUACUCGUGAUGGAGCAGGUUGUGGCUAAACACGCCAAGGGGGAUGCAACGGCCAGCAAACUCAAGCGGGAUGACUUCUCGGAGCAGGCCUUUGAAGGUCAGGGUUCGUUGGCCCACAAGGUUAUCAAGAAGACCCAUGGAGAGCCCGACCCCGCCCUUGAGGCAGGCACGGUGGACCAUGCUCUGGUGGGCCAGCCUGCUCUGGAGAGGGUGCUAGCUGACUGGCUCCCCCUCUGGUCUGAUCCCAGUCGGAGCGGCCAGGAGCACCCUGGUCUUUGGGACGUUGGCGAGUGGGUGCUGCCGCCGAUCACGGUGGACGACAUCAAGCUCGCGUCGCGAUGUGACAAGGCGGCCUGGCUCCACAUCGUGUUCGUGGCCCACGCCAAGCACGUGCAAGAGGAGGCCGCCUCCAUCUACAGGGAUCUGCAGAAAUACUACGAUCACAUCGGCCACGCCGAGCUCGGGCUCCUCAGAGCCCUCUGCGUCACCGACCUGGCGCCGCGACGGGCGCGCGUCAGCUCUUGCCUCAGCGAGGCGGUGGCGCCCAACGGCACGGUAGUGGCUGGCUGCUCCUGCGCCACGGCGCUGGCGAAGCUGCUCCUGCCCUCGGCGCUGCGGGCCGCGGCGGCAGCGGCGCCCAUUGCCAGGCUGCUCAACGUGGUGGACGACGUGUCGGCCCACCUCACAGGGCCCCGCUCCAUGGUGGCCCAGCAACUGGGAGCCACCUACAGGGCCUUCUGCGAGAAGGUGCGAGAGGCUAACCUGCCGCUGAGCAGGCACAAGACCAAGGCUCCCGCCACAAGCAAGGAGCUGCGCCAGGCGCUGAUGCGGCAACCUGGCGGGGACCUCGGGCCCGACGACUUCGUGGACAUGCACAGGGACCUCGGCGGAGACGCGAUCUCAGGGUCGCACCGCCGUGUCACGACCGCGGUCACGCGAGAGCAGCAGGCGCGAGCCCAAGGCAGGAAGCUCACUAGUCGUUUCCGUCCUGGCCUGGACCGUGCGAGGGUCUACCGUGCAGGCCCCGCGGCCAAGGCCACCUGGGGUUCGGCCAUCAUGGGCAUCCCAAGCGGCAGGCUGCGCCAGCUGCGCGUCGGGGCUAUCAAGGCGAGAGGGCGCUUGCCCCGCGGGGCCGCCUUGGGGCUGGCCAGCCUGGCCCAGGCGAAUGGCUGGAAGCGGGGCCCGCUGACCAUCGUCACCAGGACCGCGCUCAUGGCCUACGUCGAGGUGAUAUGGGCCUCGCUGCUGCCUGAGGCGGCAGCCCGCCCCUGCCUGGCCAGGGGCCUGGCGCUCGCCCAGCAACGGCAUCCCUGGCGGCAGGUCAAGGACCCCAUCAGCGCGCUGGUCCUCGCCUUGGAGCGCGUCGGCUGGGGCUUCACGAGGCAUUAUCCUGCCUUCUUUGGCAGCCUGGUGGCGCAGCAUUGCCGCAUCGCCAUUGGGCUGGAGGAGGUGGCCAAGCAGGGCCCCAGCAUGUGGGGCUGGAGCAUCCCGCCCUUCCGGCAACCGAUCCUGGAUCUUGCCAGUCAUCGGUCUGAGGUUUGGGGCCAGCACCACCAGCGGGCGCUGCGCAGCCUCAUCCAGAACACCUGCUGGUGCCAGGCCAGGGUCGCAGCGGCUGACAGCUCGCGCGCAGUGCCGUCCAAUUGCCAGUUCUGCGGGUUCCAGGACGGCUCGCUCUUCCACAGGCGCUUUCGUUGCGAGGCUCACGAGGCCUGGAGGCGUGACUACUUGGAGGAGCCGCUGCGCGGAGCUGCGGAUCGAGUUGAGAGCCUGGGCGAUCCUUUCACCGACCUGUUCGCCAUGUGCCUUUUCCCUGACGUAUCGGAAUUGAUGGGCAGGCCUGUUCGGCCAGCAACGGACCACUUCGAGAGUUCGACGAGCUGGUACACGCUGGGGCCCCACCUCCACGGGCACCACGUCUUUGUGGACGGCUCGGGCCUCGACCAGGCCCACCCGCGCCUGCGCGCCGCGGGCUGGUCCGUGGUGGUCUUUGAUGCGGCCUGCAGGCUGGUGGCAGAGGCGCGGGGGGCGGUUCCGAUUGCGGAAGCCCCCGGGCAGCUGGCCAAGGUGGCAGGGGGCAGCUGCAGGCUCUACGUGGACGGCAUGGCCACAGUGCGCUGCGCGGCCAACCCGUUGGCGGCGGCCGCCGCCAGCAGCCAGCGAGCGCACCUGUGGGCUGGCCAGGCCGAGCAGCUGCAGGACGUGACG